AUGAAACUCGCAUGCUGCUCGGAAGCUGUGCCUUCGCAGCCAGAGAGGAUCCCAGCCCAGCCGGUUCGUGAGCGAAGUGCUUUCGCCCCAGUGCCGGAUGCGAAAAUCGCAGAAGACUCGGCGACCAAGCCAGGGCCAAACUUCUCGCAGAUCAGAUUGUCCUUGUCUGCGCUGCACCUGCAGCAGGAGCAGGCCUUGGCCACGACGGCCGCCCUGAUCGAAGAGGUGGACCUGCUCCAGGUCUCCACCAAGUCCCUGAAGCUCCCGGACCCUCCUUCACAGCACAAGGAGGUGGUUGCCAUUACGGCCCAGGUGCCUUUGGAGGAGAAGUCCACCGUUAUGGCGGCGAAGCCGACCGUUCCCAGCAGCACCCACAAGCGGUAUCAGGCGCUGCUGCAUGCGGACGUUCCGCUACCAGGCAAGUCGCGCAGUCGACUGAACUGGAAUGAGGGAUUCCGCACGUGGUUUCCAGCGCUUUGCCUGCGAAUCGUGACCAGCCGAUGGUUUGACUAUGCUAUCGGAUGCGUCAUCUUGAUCAACUCGCUCCUGGUCGGUCUAGAAGUUCAGUGGAGCUUAAGUGGUGGCAAUGUGGAGUGGAUGCAGCCGCUGGAUACUGGAUUCAUUGCGCUGUAUUUUCUGGAGCUCUGCAUGCGGCUGGUGGGAAUCGGUUGUCGGCAGUGUUUUUGCGAUGGAUGGUUCCUCUUAGAUUUCACGCUGGUGGCUCUGGGCAUAGUGACGAUCUUUGUGCUGAUGUUCGGCUCCAGCGGCGACCUCGGCAUCCUCGAGUCAGUUCUGGUGGUUCGCGCGAUGCGCCUCCUACGCCUCAUCCGGGCGCUCCGGAUGCUGAAGUACUUCAGAACGGUUUGGCGACUGGUGUAUGGGCUGCUCACAUCGCACAACGCCAUGUUCUCGACCUUGUCGCUGAUUCUGCUGACCCUGUACGUCUUCGCUUGCCUGGGGGUGGAGCUCAUCACCAAGGACGAGCAACUCUUGAACAAUCCGGUCACGCUUGCGAUCAUCGAGAACCACUUCGACUCGGUGAUCGUGUCAAUGCUGACGCUGGUGCAGUUCGUCACUGUAGAUUCGGUUGCACUGAUCUACUACCCGCUCGUCAAGCUCAAGCCGAUUCUCUCAGUCUACUUCUUCGCCAUCAUUCUGAUCGUUUCGAUCUCCCUCAUGAACUUAGUGACAGCUGUUCUUGUUGAAGGAGCUCUGGAGAAUGCUUCUCACGAAAGAGAAGCAGAGAAGCUGAACCUUCAAGAGAAGUUGAAGCAAGCUGUACCGAGACUGAGGGAAGUCUUUGCGGCCAUGGAUGCGAACGGAGAUGGCAUGGUGUCGUUGGAGGAGAUCGAGGCGGUGCCCAUGGACGUCAUACCCAAAGAGUUCUUUGAGAAGAACUCGGUGGGCAGCAUGCAGGAAAUCUUCGAAUGUUUGGAUGUUGACGGCGGGGGCGAGCUUUCUCAGGAAGAGUUUGUCGAUGGGCUGCUGGACAUCUUCUUCCGCGAUGUGCCGCUCGAGACCGUGCAGACUCUGAAGAUGCUCCGCAUGCUGGAGACCCGGAUAGAGGGCCUCGCUGGGACCAUCGACGCGGUGCAGCAGAAGCUACCAGCGCCUUGGGCCUUCGUGGGAUGA